GGGCUCAGAGCAGGGCUCAGACCGGGGCACGGCGGGACGGACCCAAACCCGGUCUCGGUCCGGGGCUCAGAGCGGGGGCACGGCGGGACGGACCCAAACCCGGUCUCGGUCCGGGGCUCAGAGCGGGGGCACGGCGGGACGGACCCAAACCCGGUCUCGGUCCCGGCCCCGGGACGCGGCUGAGGCGGGGCGGGGGCGUGGCCAGGCCGAUCCGGUGGGCGGGGUCACGGGAGGCCCCGCCCAUGCAGGGCCGAGCGCCACGCGGCCGGGCCCUGGCAACGGCGGGGCCUUCGGUGCCCGUCUCGGGCUGCCCCCGGCGCUGCCUGCUCACGGUGACAGCGGAGCCCUGAGGAUGUGGGGCGGGAUCCCGGGAAUCUGCGGAGCCCUGAGGAUGAGGGGCCGGGUCCCGGCACUGCUCGGCCUGGCCCUGGCCUUGGCAUCGCUGCUGCCCACGGCCGGAGCCCGCCGGAGCCAGGACCUGCACUGCGGAGCCUGCCGGGCGCUGGUGGAUGAACUGGAGUGGGAGAUCGCCCAGGUGGAUCCCAGGAAAACCAUCCAGAUGGGCUCAUUCCGGAUCAACCCCGACGGCAGCCAGUCGGUGGUGGAGGUGCCUUAUGCACGGUCAGAGGCGCACCUGACGGAGCUGCUGGAGCGGGUGUGCGAGAAAAUGAAGGAAUACGGGGAGAAGGUGGAUCCGGCCACGCACCGCAAGAGCUACGUCCGGGUCAUCUCCCACGACGGGACCAAGAUGGAUCUUUCCGGCAUCAAAUUCGACGGAGAUGUGACUUCCAGCCUGAAAUUCGCGUGCGAGAGCAUCGCCGAGGAGUACGAGGAUGAGCUCAUCGAGUUUCUCUCCCACGAGGCUGAAAACGUCAAGGACCGGCUCUGCAGCAAGAGGACGGACCUGUGUGACCACGCGCUGCACAUCCCGCACGACGAGCUGUGACCGCCUCCGGAGCAGGGACCGGGACAGCGCCGGGAUCCACCGGGAUGUCGCCGGGACAGACAGACCGACCUGCUGGGAGCUCCGCGGCUCCGGAGCCGCCGCCCCGGCCCGUGCGCAGCUCCCGUCCUAUUUAUUCCCCGUGCGGGGGCACCGGGACGGCCACGGGGCCGGGGCCACAUCCUCGCUCCUGCCGGGACAUUUCAGGGACAUUCCUGCCCCGCUGCCGGGGGACACGGGGGGGGACACACCGGGGCUCGGCCCCCCCCAGGGCGGGGGGUUUGGGGACUCCCCCUCCCUGCUGCAGGCAAUAAAGGGGCCGCGGGCCCGCCCGAGGGA